UACUAAUAUACACUCGCCUUCACCGGCUCAUCGCCGGUGCAACCACCGAUCGCCGCCACUAGCUAGCGGCUACGAGAUGUGCCACGAUUUCCUUUCUCAAAUUUUUUUCAAUCAAUUGUCCCAUGCCGCGCGCGCGUGCGAUCCUCCACUAGCUUCGCAUAGUGGCAGCUCGCCAUUUUCUUAGACUUCGCUAGCUCGGAUGUGUGCGGUUUUGUCGGUGAGGCCACCGUGUAACGCAGCCCCAGACUCCCACUAGCGAGAGUGCAGUUUUCCGGUGGUGCCCAGUUCAUCGAUCGCCUCAUAAACCCAUCCAACCUCUACAAGAGUUCUCGCUUAGCAAGCACAGGUUAUAGUUACGAGUUAGCACUUGCAUGCACCGGCCGGCAUCAAGAAUGGCAGGAGCUGGUAGGACUAGGAGCGUGGCGGCCAUGGCGGCAUGGUCGUCGCUGCUGCUGCUUCUCUCGGCGGCCGCCGUAGACGGCGGCAGCGCCGACGCGGGGGCGCCGGCGCCGGCGGCGGACUGCACGGACGCGCUGCUGAGCCUGGCCGGGUGCCUGAGCUACGUGCAGGAGGGGAGCACGGUGGUGAGGCCCGACCCGACGUGCUGCUCGGGGCUGAAGGACGUGGUGAAGAAGGAGGUGGCCUGCCUCUGCCAGGCGUUCCAGGGCAGCCAGAACUUCGGCGUCACGCUCAACAUGACCAAGGCGCUGCAGCUGCCCGCCGCGUGCAAGGUCAAGACGCCGCCGUUCAGCAAGUGCCACCUUUCUGUUCCAGGCGUGACUGGUGGUGCUCCAGCUCCCGCUCCGUUCUUCGGGGGUUUGUCGCCGUCGACGCCUUCGGCAUCACCUGCUGCGACAGGAAGCGACGACUCCGCCGCCGUGCGAGCUCCGGCCCCGUCGACGUCGGCUGCUGCUGUCGGGUCCAAGGGGUCAGCAGGGCUCGCCUUGCUCUCCGCCGCAGUGAUCGCCGCCGCCGCGACUCUGCUUGCUCACCGUGCCUAGCUAGCUAGUUAGGCCUGCACGUAGUACGUACGCGCGAGUCCGUCGUUGCAGGCUUGCGGCUGUUGACUUCGUGUUGCGUGUGCUGAUGUACCGAGACGUAUCUUGUGAGAGAUUUCCCUUCCUUUUUACUACACACUUAAAAACAGUCAUUGUUUACGUUCAUGAAAAAAUUUCGCUAGUAUGCACAAAUCAUCUUUUGAGUUGCAGUGGUGCACCGAUCGAUAAGCUUUUAACUAGAAACUUUACUGAGCCCAUCGACAGGUUGGGCCGUAUCGGCUUGCUUUAUUUCCGAGACCAAGAUUUAUCUGGACCUUACCCAAGUCCGUGCCAUGACUGC